AUCUGUGUAAAGCCGAGCAGGACUGUCGGGCAGUAGGGAGAAGUUAUGUUAAUUACCACAGAACGGUGUAGACAAUCAUAGCAGCUUAACGUGCACAAAGUUCUGCAGCAAGUCACUAACAUUUUGCCCACUUAAAAUAGAUUUCAAAUGUAGGUCUUGAAGUAUUCCAAAGGGGAGUCGGUUCAUAACUUUCUUGCCAAAGAUGAAGACCUUACCUGGCAUAGGAGUUUUUGGAACUGGAAAUACAGCCAGAGUUUUGAUUUCACUUCUGCGAGCAGAUGGCUUUAGUAUUGAAGCAUUAUGGGGAAAAACAGAUGAAGAAGCCAAAGAACUUGCAGAAGAAGUGGGAAUCCCAUUCUAUACCUGCCAUACAGAUGAUGUCUUACUGCACCAAGAAGUAGAUUUAGUGUGUAUCAGUAUCCCACCCCCUCUCACACGACAGAUUGCCGUAAAGGCUCUAGGGAUUGGGAAGAAUGUAAUUUGUGAGAAAGCCGCCUCUUCUAUAGAUGCAUUUACAAUGGUGAAAGCUGCCCGUUACUACCCAAAACUGAUGAGCCUAGUAGGAAAUGCUCUGAGGUUUCUUCCUGCCUUUGACCGAAUGCGCCAGCUUAUCUUAGAACAAAACUAUGUAGGGGAAAUCCGAAUUUGUGAUGUACGUGUUUAUGGGGGGAGUUUGCUGAGUAGCAAUUACAGCUGGAUCUGUGAUGACCUUAUGGGGGGAGGUGGGUUGCACACCCUGGGGACCUACCUGGUUGACCUCCUCACUCAUCUAACAAACAAAAGAGCAGAGAAAGUCCAUGGGUUUCUUAAAACAUUUGUAAAGCAGAAUGAGGCCAUUUCUGGCAUCCGGUAUGUGACAAGUGAUGACUUUUGCUUCUUCCAGAUGCAGAUGACUGGGGGUGCUUGUAGCACAGUAACUCUCAACUUUAAUAUGCCGGGUACUUUUGUACAUGAGGUUAUGGUUGUGGGAUCAGCUGGGAGGCUGGUUGUACGUGGGACAGAAUUGUUUGGACAGAAAAACUCUGCUUCUGAAGAAAAAUUACUACUUUCAGAUCCACUGACAAGGGAAAUAGCAGAUAUCAGUGACUUUGAGAAAGUGCCUCCUCCAUAUCUUAUGGGAAUUGCACACAUGGUGAAAGCACUACGUCAGUCAUUCCAGGACCAAGAGGAUCAUAGAACUUGGGACCAAAAGCCACUGUCAGUUGCAGCCACAUUUGAAGAUGGUUUGUAUAUGCAAAGAGUGGUUGAUGCUAUCAAGAGGUCAAAUCGUUCAGGGGAGUGGGAAUCAGUGGAACUGACAAAUGACGAGACAGACUCAAAUCAGAAUCUCUCUGAGGUUAUUCAACAUAACCUUUGAAUUUCAUUUUAUUCUGUUAUUGGCCAUCAUAUUUUUUAUUGGCAUAAUAGCACUACAAUGCAGUCUUCCUAUGAGUUAAACUUUCAUUGCAUUUUGCAGAAAUGUAGAAUUGUUAACUGAAAGUUACUGACAUAAAACUGUUCUAAAAGUAUUAAAGUCUUAUGCCAACACAUUUAAUUUGCUGUAUUUGUAGGUCUAGAAUUUCUGGGCAACUUUUAUUUUUUCCUAAAAUCAAUUUCAGAUCAAUAUAAAACACUACUUCUCGAAAUAUAUAGGAAUAAUAAUCGAAAUACAAAUGUCAGUUUUUUGUAUUCUUUUAAGAAGACAAUAUUGUGAUAUCUUUUAGUAUAACAUCUCCCCUCCAUUACAAUGUUCAGUGAUGCAGAGAACAAAGCAUUUGAACUCCUCAAAACAUAAUUAUAUAUCAUUAUAUUAGAGAUCCUCUCUCUUCUGAAUACAUGCAGAUUUGAGUUGUGUUGCUUUACAUUUAGAAAAGUGUACAAUCGGAGCAUAAGUCCAACGCUUUCUUUUACUGGUAGGCUUAGCAGACAGGACAGUGUAAGAAAUGCCUACCAACUCUGCCCACCCCUCCCUGUGUGGAUACACAUUUCCUACCAUAAAGGUAAAGUGCCAAUGGCCCAAAAGUCAAUCAGAUAAGAGAAAGGAGCAGGAGCAGUGAUUUUUUUUUUCAUAUAUUUUCUUUGUGAACGAUGUAUACAAUUAUGGUAUAAAUAAAUAUUACAUCCCUGAAACAAGAA